AUGGAUGGUGGCAAUGAUAUGUACGACGGUGGAAACAAGAUUAUGGUGUCUCAGAGCAUGUUUUCGAACUCCUUGUUCUCGGGCUCAGUUCUUUCGUACGGGACCUAUUAUUUGGAAGCAGGCUUCGAGCUUUUUGUCAGCCUUCCAAACACAUACCCACACGUAACCGCGUUGUUCCUGCCAGGAGGUAACGUGAGCAUCAUUUGUGAGGGAAACACGGGGUCUGACGGGGGGGGCUUGGUAGUGAACUACCUCCUGACCUACAACACCUCGAUGACGCACGGAACGAUCUGGGCAAAUAUCAACUAUGGCGCUGGAGACCCGACGAUAGGAGACGUCUGGUUCACCAUUGAGUCAUCGGCAUGGGGAUCUGAGCUGAGGGGUUGGGUAGAUGGCCGGAAGGCGAGAGACAACGACAAUUACCAUCAUUAUGUCGAGGUGGAGGGAAAGAACCUUGUCUUCUGCAAGAUCUUGCUGUCGAGAGUCAGCGGUCGGAUCAUCUAUCCGUGGGAAAUCACUGAUUACAUCGCACGCUAUGCUGGAAGCAUUCCCUUCGAUCCGCGGGCAGCGGCGGUGGAGGAUGACACGGUAGGGAUGCGGUGCCAUUUGAACGCGACUUGGGACGAAAUCAUCCGGGAUCGCACCAAGUAUAUCCAGGGAGGGCUAGGACUCGAGAUGGUUUGCUGUCCUCAACACAUGAACAAGCGCAAAAGAGUUGAUGUUUUGAAUCUGAGAUAUGAUAGUGAACAAUACAAAAGUUGCAAUGACAGCAUCUAUCACCUGACUUCACAGGCUCAACAACCCGAGCCCCCGGACCACUUUGAUCACAUGAGCCUAGUAUGA